AUGAAACAACAUCCACUUGUCACGGCAUAUAAAGGCAUUGAUGACUUGCAACAAUUGAAAAAAUGGUUUUACGAGUAUGAUGACACAAUAGACCAUAGAAAAAAAGCAAUAUCAAAAGUAAAAGGAUUGUUAACCAGAGGGAAAUUACCACAUGGAGUUGAAGCCACAUCGCUUCUAACAUCCAUAGUUUUGGAUGAUUUGCAAAGAAAAGACAUUGACUCUUGUGUGUUACAGUUAUCUUACACCAUGGCCUUGAUUAGAUUUGUUAAUGGGUUGUUAGAUCCCUAUCAGCAGUCAAACUAUGCCAUUCCUAUGCACCUAUUGGCAAAACAAUUGAACCUACCUACAUAUUUUGUAGAAUUGCGACACAUGGGGACUCAUGAAAACUUGCCAAGCCUAGAUAUAUUGAGAAGUACUUGUUCAAAAGCAUUGACUUGGCUUUAUGACAAUUAUUGGUGUCAUGUGGAAGAAGCAAAUCAGGAUAAACAAGUUUCUAUUGGGGGGCCAUUGACUGAUGCCGUUGAAUUUCGAAGUAAUGAUCUAAGGACAAGAAUUGAAGAUUCUCAGAUUUACAAUAAUUUGAAAGCGUUCAAGCGAAUACGGAAACAAGAUCUAAACAAGGUUUACGAGAAGAAUGAUACAACGAGCGAUUUAGCUGCGACAUAUCAUAGGUGUGUUCUGGACAUAGUCGAAUUUGCUAAAGAAAAUUGUGAUUUAUUAGUGAAUGUUUUAUUGCUCAAGAAUUACCUUAUAUACCCUUCUUCAAAAGUCAAAGAUAAGAAACUGAAAUUCAAUCCCUUGAUUAUAAAAUUGUAUGAACCAUUAUUUGACGCAUUGGGGUUGUCAUUUAAACUCAAAUGUUUUUCCAAGACUAUCGAAUUGAUUGAGGGGAUUCCUUUGAGUUUUGUGGACAAGAAGGUAUAUCGAAAGCUUGGUUUUACUGAAAAGUUUGAGUAUGACGAACUCUUCCAAGUAAUGGAAUGGGUGUUAUAUUUCAUGCAAGACCUUUUGAGAAACGAAAAUGUUCCCCUGCCAGUCCACAACAAGAAUGAGUUGGUAAUCUUAUUUUUGGACAGUCUCAAACUAAUAGAACAAAAGAUAUCACAAUCACUUUUGCCUAGUUUUGCAAAAAUCUUGCAAGGUCUUUGUGACGUGGUGAACGAUGGAGUUAAAUCUGAAAUUGAUCCAGAAACUGUACAAAAGUUGGAUGCUUGGAAUAAACUGCUUAAUAACCUACACGGUACAAAGAAGAUUUUUGAGUUGCCACCAUCCUUGGACGAUUUAUUAGGAUUAUCGCCGUCGCCUGGUCCAAUCCCAGAGACAACUUCCAGCAACCCAAUGAAACAUGUCUUAGAUGAUGAUGAUGAUGAAGAGGAAGAAGGUGUUCGUAGAAAGCAGCACCACUCGAGUGAUAGUAAAACCUAUAUUUUGAAACCCCAUAAGAAUUGGAGGCCCGUUCCUUUUGGGACAUGUAUUUAG